AUGAUAAACAUACGUUGCAAUUUUACCCGAGUACGUCACAGACGUGUGCCCUCCCAACUACCACCACCACCGCCACCACCCAACACCACCCAACCACCAACACCACACCACCCCAACAACACCACCAACACCCACCACCCAACAACACCACCAACACCACCCAACACCAACGCCACACCACCCCAACAACACCACCAACACCCACCACCCAACAACACCACCAACACCACCCAACACCAACGCCACACCACCCCAACAACACCACCAACACCACCCAACACCAACGCCACACCACCCCAACAACACCACCACCACCCACCACCCAACAACACCACCAACACCACCCAACACCAACGCCACACCACCCCAACAACACCACCAACACCCACCACCCAACAACACCACCAACACCACCCAACACCAACGCCACACCACCCCAACAACACCACCAACACCACCCAACACCAACACCACACCACCCCAACAACAUCACCAACAUCACACCAACACCAACACCACACCACCCCAACAACACCACCAACACCCACCACCCAACAACACCACCAACACCACCCAACACCAACGCCACACCACCCCAACAACAUCACCAACACCCACCACCCAACAACACCACCCAACACCAACGCCACACCACCCCAACAACAUCACCAACACCCAACACCCAACAACACCACCCAACACCAACGCCACACCACCCCAACAACAUCACCAACACCCACCACCCAACAACACCACCCAACACCAACGCCACACCACCCAACACCAACGCCACACCACCCCAACAACACCACCAACACCCACCACCCAACAACACCACCAACACCACCCAACACCAACGCCACACCACCCCAACAACAUCACCAACACCCACCACCCAACAACAUCACCAACACCACCCAACCACCACCACCACUUUCAGUCAAUUCUUCCCACGUAGUAUAA